AUGGCCAAUCAGACGAGCAAUUCUACGAUAUUUGACGAGAUUAAAUCUAUACGCAAAAAGGGCGUGAAAUAUCAUGGCGAAGGCAAUUAUGAAGACGCGUUAUUUUAUUUUCAGAAAGCUGUAACUCAAAUCAAAUCGAUAGCGGAGAGUAGUGAUAGUCGUCGUCAACUUGAAUAUUCUAUUUAUCUCGCUAUGGCUCAAUCUUACCGGCAAAAAUAUCAAUUGAUAGAAGCCAAUGAAUACAGUGGAAAAGCAGAAAAGUUAGCUGAGAAACUAGAAGAGGUCAAGAUUUCUUAUUGUUUCGAUAUCCAGGGCGACUGUAAACGACUUCAAGGUGAUUUUAUGGGUGCUUUGCGUGAUUACAACAAAUCACUUCAAAUAAAAUUAAAAUCGUUAGGGAGUGAACAUCUUGAUGUCAGUGAGUCCUAUCAUAACAUCGGCUUGGUCUACCACAAUCAAGGCAAGCAUGACGAGGCAUUAAAAGAAUACAAUAAAUCAUUAAGGAUUAAACUGAAAAUUCUUAAAAAUAAUGAUCCAAGUAUUGCUGUAUUAUAUAACAGCAUUGGACAAGUCUAUGCUAAUCAAGGCAAGUAUGAUGGCGCUCUAUCAAUGUAUAACAAGUCACUCAAGAUUAAACUGACACAACUUGGUGAUAAUCAUCCAAGUAUUGCUGAUACAUAUAACAACAUUGGUCUUGUCUAUUAUCAUCAAGGCAAGUAUGAUGACGCUCUAUCAAUGUAUAACAAGUCACUCAAGAUUAAACUGACACAACUUGGCGACAAUCAUCCAAGUAUUGCUGAUACAUAUAACAACAUUGGUCUUGUCUAUCAUCGUCAAGGCAAGUAUGAUGACGCUCUAUCAAUGUAUAACAAGUCACUCAAGAUUAAACUGACACAACUUGGUGAUAAUCAUCCAAGUAUUGCUGAUACAUAUAACAACAUUGCAAAUGUCUAUGAUAAUCAAGGCAAGUAUGAUGACGCUCUAUCAAUGUAUAACAAGUCACUCAAGAUUAAACUGACACAACUUGGCGACAAUCAUCCAAGUAUUGCUACAACAUAUAACAACAUUGGUCGUGUCUAUAAAGAUCAAGGCAAGUAUGAUGACGCUCUAUCAAUGUAUAACAAGUCACUCAAGAUUAAACUGACACAACUUGGCGACAAUCAUCCAAGUAUUGCUGAUACAUAUUGCAACAUUGCAAGUGUCUAUGAUGAUCAAGGCAAGUAUGAUGACGCUCUAUCAAUGUAUAACAAGUCACUCAAGAUUAACCUGACACAACUUGGCGACAAUCAUCCAAGUAUUGCUUAUAUAUAUCACAACAUUGCAAGUGUCUAUCAUCAUCAAGGCAAGUAUGAUGACGCUCUAUCAAUGUAUAACAAGUCACUCAAGAUUAAACUGACACAACUUGGCGACAAUCAUCCAAGUAUUGCUGAUACAUAUCACAACAUUGGUUGUGUCUAUGAUGAUCAAGGCAAGUAUGAUGACGCUCUAUCAAUGUAUAACAAGUCACUCAAGAUUAAACUGACACAACUUGGCGACAAUCAUCCAAGUAUUGCUGAUACAUAUAACAACAUUGGUCUUGUCUAUCAUCAUCAAGGCAAGUAUGAUGACGCUCUAUCAAUGUAUAACAAGUCACUCAAGAUGGAACUAACACAACUUGGCGACAAUCAUCCAAGUAUUGCUAAUACAUAUAACAACAUUGGUCGUGUCUAUAAAGAUCAAGGCAAGUACGACGACGCUCUAUCAAUGUAUAACAAGUCACUCAAGAUUAAUCUGACACAACUUGGCGACAAUCAUCCAAGUAUUGCUAAUACAUAUAACAACAUUGGUCGUGUCUAUAAUCGUCAAGGCAAGUAUGAUGACGCUCUAUCAAUGUAUAACAAAUCACUCAAGAUUACACAAACACAACUUGGCGACAAUCAUCCAAGUAUUGCUAAUACAUAUAACAACAUUGGUCGUGUCUAUAAUCGUCAAGGCAAGUAUGAUGACGCUCUAUCAAUGUAUAACAAGUCACUCAAGAUUAAACUGACACAACUUGGCGACAAUCAUCCAAGUAUUGCUAUAACAUAUAACAACAUGGGUCGUGUCUAUGAUGAUCAAGGCAAGCAUGAUGACGCUGUAUCUAUGUAUAACAAAUCACUCAAGAUUCGACAAACACAACUUGGCGACAAUCAUCCAAGUAUUACUACAACAUAUAACAACAUUGCAAGUGUUUAUAGCGAUCAAGGCAAUGCAGAACAAGAAUCAGACGAAACUGAGAAACUCAAUGCUAGUUGUGCACCCGGAAUUCGAUUUGAAGUCUCUGUCGAUUCUAAUGAAACUGUUGAGAUAGAAAUGGACGAACCUGAUUCUUCAGCCAAGAAGUAUAACAGCAAAAUCGCAAAAGAUAUCGGAACGGAGUGGAAAACUUUGGCAAGAGAAUUUGGAAUGGAUCAACGCGACAUCCAAAAAAUUAUAGCUGAAAAUAAUGGAUCAGUUGACGAUCAAUGUGCGCAAAUGUUGAGUAUGUAUGCGAGUAGGAAAGGUCGGAGUUACACAAAGAGAGCAUUAGUUGAAGCACUCUUCAAAAGCGGGCUGCGUUCUGUAGCUGAAGAUCAUCGUAUGUGUAAAGUUAUUCUACAUUAA